UAAGCGCCUUUUUCUUUGGGCUGUUCUCUCUCUCUAACAGCACGUUUUUUUUUGUUUUUUUUCACUGGGACCUGGUUUGUCUUGUUGCGCUGCCAGGGGCCUCUCCACCGAGCCCUGUCAACAUCCUGAAGCACGUUUCUUUAUUAUGAAAUAUUAACUUUGUUAUGAUGACUAAUCAAGGGGUCAUUUAAAUUCUCUCUGAUGUUUUUAUCAAUGGAGAAAAGAUUCCUACAACUACCCAUCGUUCUCCGUCCAGUAUUUCAAUUUCUCUGUUCACACACAAAAAGAUACCAAAAAAAACAAUCCUGUGUGACCUCGAAGCAGCCCACGUGCUUAUCGAUCCAUCUGUUCUUGGGGUUGUUUGUGUGCUGCAGGUUGCUGUGCAGCAGCAGCCUGAGGAAGCUGAGCGCGGGACACAACCGGCUGCACAAGCUGCCCGACAGGGUGGAGCGCCCUCUGCUGGAGAUCCUGGACGUGCAGCACAAUCAACUGGUGGAGCUGCCCAGCCACCUGUUCCUCAAAUCAGACAGCCUGCGGUGCCUGAACGCGUCGGCCAAUAAGCUGGAGCUCCUUCCGCCUUCCAGCCUAUCAGAGGAGAGCAACAGUGUUCUCCAGGAGCUGUAUCUCACCAACAACCGGCUGACGGACAAGUGUGUGCCGCUGCUCACGGGCCACACGCACCUCCGCGUGCUUCACAUGGCCUACAACCACCUCCAGACCUUCCCAGCCAGUAAAAUGGCCCGGCUGGAGGAGCUGGAGGAGCUGGAGCUGAGCGGCAACAUGCUGAAGACGGUGCCCACCACCAUCCUGAGCUGCAAGCGCAUGCACACGCUCAUCGCCCACUCCAACUCCCUGGAGGUGUUCCCCGAGGUCAUGCAGCUCCUCGACAUGAAGUGUGUGGACCUGAGCUGUAACGAGCUGAGUGACAUCACGCUGCCGGAGAACCUGCCCCCCAAGCUGCAGGAGCUGGACCUGACCGGGAACCCCCGCCUCAACCUGGACCACCGCACCCUGGAGCAGCUCAAUAAUAUUCGGUGUUUCCGCAUCGAUCCGCCUCCUACCUUUUCGGCCAAUGAGGCGUCGGCGGGUCCUGUCGUCUGGAGCCAUGGCUACACGGAGGCUUCUGGGGUCAAGAACAAGCUGUGUGUGGCGGCCCUGUCGGUGAGCAGCUUCUGCGGCAGCCGCGAGGCGCUGUACGGCGUGUUCGAGGGCGACCGAAACGUGGAGGUGCCCUACCUGCUGCAGUGCACCAUGAACGACGUGCUGGCCGAGGAGCUGCAGAGGACCAAGAGCGAGGAGGACUACAUGACCAACACCUUCCUGGUGAUGCAGAGGAAGCUGGGCACGGCGGGCCAGAAGCUGGGCGGCUCGGCGGCGCUGUGCCACAUCCGCCACGACCCCACGGAGCCGGGCGGCUGCUUCACGCUCACCGCCGCCAACGUGGGCAAGUGUCGAGCCGUGCUGUGUCGGGACGGCGCGCCCAUGGCGCUGUCGGUGCUGCACAACGUGGGCCUGGAGAAGGAGUACCUCCGCAUCCGCCAGCACAACGCCAUCGUCACCGAGGACAACAAGGUGAACGGCGUGACCGACUCCACACGCGUCAUGGGCUACUCCUUCCUCUACCCGGCCGUCAUCCCGCGGCCCCACGUGCAGACGGCCACGCUCACGCCCCAGGACGAGUUCUUCAUCCUGGGCAGCCGGGGCCUGUGGGACGCCGUGUCCCCCGAGGAGGCGGUGGAGGCGGUGCGCAACGUGCCCGACGGCCUGGCCGCCGCCAAGAAGCUGUGCACCCUGGCCCAGGGCUACGGCUGCACCGACAGCCUGAGCGCCGUGGUGGUGCAGCUCAGCGUCAGCGAGGACUGCUGCUCCUGCUGUUGCUCCUCCACCUCCUCCUCGGACCCCCCGCCGCCGCUGCCGCACCCGCACUACCACUACCACCCGGGGACGCCCGCCUCCUCGGGCGCCGUGGCGGGGGGGGGCGCCGCGGCCGGCAAGGAGCGCCUCCCCCAGCCCCCGGCCUCGUCCUGCAGCGAGCUCAGCAGCGAGGUGAGCGCCAGCGAGAUGAGCAGCGAGGUGGGCUCCACGGCGUCGUCCGACGAGCCUCCGCCGCACCACCCCCCGGCCUCGCUGCCGCUGCUGACGGAGCACGGGGCGCCGCCGCCGCCUGGGGGGCCGCAGCACCACCACCACCACCAGGCGCCGCAGGCCGGGCACCUCGCCCUCGCGCCGCACGGACUCACGCUGCCGCCGCCGCCGCACCACCCCCCGCACGCCGCCAGCCCCGGCCAGCACUGCCCCUACCAGGCGGGGGCGGAGCUUAGCUCGGCGCGGGGCUGCUGCGCCCUCCACCCGGCCGAGGGCGGCUCGGCCUCCUCCUCCUCCUUCCAGCGGCAGCUGUCCAGCGCCACCUUCUCCAGCGCGCUGUCCGACAACGGGCUGGACAGCGAGGACGAGGAGCCCAUCGCCGGGGUGUUCUCCAACGGGAGCCGCGUGGAGGUGGAGGCCGACAUCCACUGCCUGAAGGCGGGGCUGGCGUCCUCGCUGCCGGGGCCGCACCACAGCGCGCCGCGGCCCAGCACGCCGCUCCCGGGAGGCCAGGAGGCGGGGGCGCUGCUGCUGCUGCCGCCCCCGCACCCCCCGCCCCCGCCCCCCUCCACCCCGGAGCCCGCGGGGGAGGCCGACGGGGGCGGGGCCGAACGGGACGAGCCGUGGGCGGGGGGCGGCGGCGGCGGCGGUGGGGGGCGUGGCCAGCGGCGGGGCAACGGCUCGGUGGCCCCGCAGGAGAAGAGCCACAACCUGAUCGAGGUGGCGGCCGACGCCCCCUGCAGGAAGCCGGGGGGGUACUUCACGGCGCCGGCGCAGCCCGACCCCGACGACCAGUUCAUCAUCCCCCCCGAGCUGGAGGAGGAGGUGAAGGAGAUCAUGAAGGAGCACCAGCAGAAGCAGCAGAAGCCCCCCGAGAGGACCGAGACGCCCGCCGACUACGACGACACCCCCCUCUGAAGCCGGCAAAUGAGGCCGCACUGAAGCCUCACGCCCAAGCCCCGCCCCACAGCC